AUUGGUCUGGUAGUGGGUGAGGUGUCAUAUUUCCCAGGGAGCAGUGAACGCAGCCAACUUCUCCCGAAGAAAAGUGGGACUCUCCGGUGGCUUUGAAUCAAGGAGGUGAAAUUAAAGUGUGAAAACUGGUGGUUUAGUUUAAUGUGAUAUGCAGAAGGGAGGUUCAGGAGAAGUAUUUCGGUCCUGACAUGUUUGUGGAGCUCGGUGGGUCUCAGGGUGGUAUCAACUGGUUUGUUUGUGGCACCACAAGUCUCCAAAAACAGAGAAUGUCUCUGUCCGAACAGAAAGAAAACACGGAGCACCCAACGCUAAGGUCGGAGCAUGAACACAACGGAGCCUUGGUGAACCCGCGUGCGGUUUGCAACGGGUGUAAACGUUUGUACAGGGACCCUAAAAUCCUCCCGUGUCUGCACACCUUCUGCUCCGACUGUAUCGGCCAGUUGGAGCCGUUCUCGGUGUCUUCGCGCAGCGACCGUGCGGAAAACGGCGAAGGCGAAGCGGUGGAGCAGGACCGACUCACCGUCACGGUCCUCUGCCCCGACUGUGACUCUGAGGUGGAUAUCCCUCCGUCGGGGCUGGGAGGGCUGAGCACCGACCACCUGGCGCUGGACGAAGUGUUCCUGGAGACCCUGGUGACGAACGGCCCGCUGGGUUGCGACCUGUGCGGCGAAGGACGCGCGAAGAGCCGCUGCGACGUCUGCUGCGUCAACCUGUGCGAGUUCUGCUGCCAGGCGCACAGGCGGCAGAAGCGAACGGCGUCUCACUCCGUUCAGUGUCUGGAGGAGCUGAAGUCUUGCGGUCGUCUGCGCCGCCCCGUCCUCUGCUCCCUCCACCCCGGCCAGGAGCUCCGGCUCUUCUGUCACCCCUGCGACCUGCCCGUCUGCCUGGAGUGUGCCGCCACGCUGCACCGCGACCACCGCUGCUGCCCCGCCCAUGAUAUUAUCGAUCUUCAUGGAGACAGCAUCAGAGAGCUGGUCACGGUGCGGCUGCGACCUCACAUGGACCGCCUGAAGGACUCGCUGCAGAAGGUGGAGGUAUCCCAGGAGGCUUUGCGGGCACGGGUGGAUGCAACAGCGACUGAAGUGAGGGCGUUUGCUCGAGCCUACGCCAGCGCUGUGGAAGCUCACUGCCUGUCUCUGCUGCACGGCCUGGAGGAGCUCCGUGUGCAACGCAGGAACCUGCUCCACCUGCAGAAGGCGCAGCUGCAGCAGGCUCUGUUGGAUGUCGGCGUCGGUGUGGAGUUUGCGGAGAGAUUGCUGAGCUGCGGCUCAGAUGUUGAGAUCCUCAGCGCCAAAGGAGUGACCCUGAGAAGACUGACCAGCCUGGCAGAGAACAGCUACGACCCCCACCCGGCAACCGUGGCCCACGAUGACGGCAGCGGCAUCAGCUUCAUGGCCAGGGAGCCGGCCGGGGGGGUGGAGGGCUACCCGCUGGUGGGCGUGAUCAACUCUAAGACAGUGGACAUCAGCAAGUGCGUCAUCGAAGGGGAAGGUCUACAGAAGGGCAGUGAGGGGCAGCAGGGCCACUUCACCCUGGCGUGCCGAGACUCCGCUGGGGAGCAGGUGGCGCGAGGUGGAGAGCAUGUUCUGGUCAGCAUCGUUCACAAGGAGAAGAAAAACCGUACGGUGGAGGCGACGGUGGUCGACAACAGCGAUGGAUCCUACAGCGUUUCAUACACACCUGAAGAGCCAGGAGCCUACUCCGUGUGGGUUUGUGUCAAAGCUCAACAUGUGAAGGGCUCCCCGUUCCUCCUGACUGUGAAGAGGAAGCUGAGGCGUCACAGCGGGACCUUUCACUGCUGCUCUUUCUGCUCCAGUGGAGGAGCUAAAGAGGCUCGCUGUGGCUGCACAGGGACCAUGCCAGGAGGAUUUAAAGGUUGCGGUCACGGACAUAAAGGACACCCCAGGAAGCCCCACUGGUCUUGCUGCGGCAGCACCGUGGAGCAGUCAGAGUGUUUGCCUCAGAGCGUGUUGGCCGCAGUUUCACCGCGCGGUCACCUGCGGACCGUGGAGCUCUGAGGGGACGAGGCCGGUCCAGAUGAUGCACGGUAAUGGAUGGCAGCAACCAAAAGGUUAGAGCAGCGGGGGAGCACGCUUAACGUUGUUGCUGUAAAUCUCGAAAAGGUCAGACGAGGAAAGUGAAGCUCUAAAGACACAGUGACUGAGGCAAAGCAUCAAAGUCAUCUGUGUCCUGAGAGUGAUCACCUCUGCCAGACGUUGCUCACCAUUAGAGACAAACCGUGUGACCAAAGGCUCUGAAUCUAAAGCCCCUGACACACACACACACACACACACACACACACACACACUGCAACCCUGACAUACAAGACAUCACCUGGAGGAACUGUUUGUAACAUGUUGAUGACAUUUACAUGCGGCUGGCGCAAAAGAAAUGGAAGAAAACAAACAUCUGAAGGCGAAGAAAAUGUCUAACUGGAGAGUUGGCAAGAUUUAGGAACUACUUUCUGUACGGGCCGACGGCGAAAUCAUCAGACAGAUUAAAGGAACGGCAAGACACUGGAUUAUUUAUGACCAAAUAAAUAAAUAAUACUACGAGACCGCGGUGCAAUCCGCGUCAUGUCGCGCCUCCUGCGCGCUCUACCGAGGCGCCACCACUCGCCUAAGCCAAACGGAGUAUUUCCAGUAAGCGAGAACGCUGCUGACACGGAUAAUGUUGUGUGAAAGACGAUGUCUGGACCUGAUUCUCUGGACAUUGUCCGGAGUUCGUAUGAGAAGACAGCUCAUGUUGUAAAGUGCCUUUUGUGAGCUCUGCCUGCGACCAGAGAGACGAACACGGCAGCUUGUGUGUCCUUGCUGAAGAGGAAAUCUAUCUCAGAGAACAGUUAGUGUUGAGUCACCGGCCAUCUUCUGGUCUCAAGAUGAAAGCUUGAAGAGUCUGUCCAUUUCAAAAGUGCUAAAGAAUCAGUGUUAAUAUAGUGCCAGGGAUGUGCUGAAAUACUUCUUUUUAAUUUGCACUGAUCGCUGUUAUUUGAAAGUACACUGAAGAAGUGAAUCAAUAAAGCCUGACGGAUGAAUCAGCAUUGAGCUAAUUAUAGAUCGUUUGCAUCACAAUAUAUAUCAGCCAAUAAGUAACUAUAAAUUGCAGUAGUGACGCGUUUGAUAUAUUUUACAAUACACAGUCCAUGUCUUGUUCACAACUCUUUGAUGACCACGUUUAAGGGAACCAUAUUCAAAUGUUUAUCUAAAAACCACAUAGUAAUGUUCUUUUAAAAAAAGGAACUUUAAAGACACAUUUACUAUUUACUAUGUUAUUUCAUGAUACUUCCUGUUUGUUUGUACACACGUUGUUGUCAAUACUGCAUAUCUACUUUUUUGUGUAAAUAUUAUAUGGUUACCCACCAAACAUUGCCAUAUGUUAACAAAUAAAUAUUUAUUGCGUAUUUUAUUAAAAAAAUAGAAAACACUCAAUACAACGCAAGGAUUUAUACUCCAUUGAUAAGUAAAAAAAGUAAUUUUCACUUUGAACAUGAUCUGAAUCAGAAGCACUGAGUUGGAAGACAUUGUGCCUGGAGACUCCCAACAUUCAUUAUUCUGACAUUGUUUAUAAUGUGAAACAUAUUCUUGUUUUUUUUUGUAAACCACGAAAAUGAGCCACGUAAUGCCUUUGUGUAUUUUCUGUAUUCUAAAUAUGACUUAAUCUUGAGUAUGAGUACAAAUCAAGCGGCGACCUCCGGGUCUGAACAGUGAAAAGCCAAUGCGGAAGUGCCUUAAACCUGCAUUCUCUCUCACAGCCAGCAGGGGGCGACUCUACUGUAAAAUGAAUUCCGUUUGUAGAGAAGUCUAUGAGAAACUGACCCGACUUCUCACUUCAUUUAUUACCUCAGUAAACAUUUUCCUGACCAGUUUAUGGUCUUAAUCUCUAGUUUCAAGUCUUUUCAAAUACAGCAUGAUGUUCAUUUUGUGAAUUAUGGUCCCAUUUAGAGUAAAACAGACGAUAAAGCGGCGUCUGCUUUAGGGCGAAGCUACCUUGUAAUUGACAGGUCGCUACCACGAUGUCGUCUUGCCUUGUUUUCAUCUUACAACUUUAACCCUUUCACUGUGUUUUCAGGUCAUGAAAGUUAAUUGUAACAUUUUGGUCGCCUAAAACUGUCUUGUUCAGCGUUCGGUUGUACUCUGGUUGCAAAAAAAACAAGAUGGCGGUGGCAAAGAUGCCAAACUCAAGGCUUCUUAACGCAAGUAGACAAAUCAAUGUGUGACUACAUCCACUUGUCAUAUACAGUCUAUGGUGCAAAUACUUUUUACUGAUUUUAAAGAUGAAAAAUAAAACAGACCUAUGCAAAAACGUGAGGAGACAUAAAGACUAAUCUUUUUGAUUUGUGGUCCAAGAUCCAAGGAUCUACAUGCUGCUGUUCACAUUGUGAAAUGUUUCCAUUUCUACACUGUGGUGUUGUUACAGUGACUACUGUCCACUGACUGUACCUUCAUCUAAGAUGUGUUGUUCCUCAAUGUUUUCCUUUAACCUGUAAACCUGCACAAACAAAAUAAACAAACUUAUUUCUCA